CUGUUUAUUAAUAAAACCGGUCGGGAUCUGAUUGGCUGAGAGGCGUUUACAGUAGCCGAAGCUGUACACGUACACUGUAACACGUGACAGAGCGAAUGUGACUCUUGUCCUUUAACUCUUCUUCAUCAUCAUCAUCAUCGUCAGUGGUGUGAGGGGAUGAAGAUCAGCGCCGCUCCGCGGUCACUGCAGGAACAGGAGCGCUGUGUGUCUGUCGCCGGUGUCUUCUGAUCUGAUCCAGAUGAUAUUCCCGCGCUACAGUGAAUCACAGAGCAUCAAAGGAGCCGAGCAUCAGCGCAGAUCCACGCUUCACUGUUACACGCCAUCGGUGAUUCAGAACCCGCGUUUCUGAAGGUGAUCGUGACCUUGAGUGACGACAGCGACACACACACACACACACACACGCUUCUCUACAUCUCUGUCUUCUGAACAAUCAUCAUCAGUUCGUUAAACGGCGUUUGGCGGCGGGUCGAACCGGAUGAUUCCGAUGCUUCUGCUUGACCGGUGCGGAUCGUUUCUGAUGAUUCGGAUCGGUACCGAUUCCUUGUGAUGAUUCGGAUCGGCUCCGGUUCUUCUGUGUGAUCGGUUCUGCUGGCUCCGGUCGUGAUGCAUCUCGCGGAUUUCGUCGCCGGUUCUGUCGGAGGGGCUUUCGGAGUGGCGGUGGGGUAUCCUCUGGACACAGUGAAGGUGAGGAUGCAGACUCAGACACGUGACUCGGGGGUUUGGGAGUGUGUGAGAAGAACCUGCAGGACUGAAGGAGUCAGUGGUUUCUACCGUGGGAUGUCCAUGCCGCUGAGCACGGUCUCCAUCAGCUCCUCGCUGGUGUUCGGCACCUACAGGAACGUCCUGCACCUGCUUCAGGAGCUGCGGCACAGAAGCACAGCCGAGGCGCACCGGAAAGCUGAUUUAUUUGUGUCGGGGUUUGCUGGAGGCGUCGCUCAGGUGCUGGUGAUGUCUCCCGCAGACAUCGUGAAAGUGCGUCUUCAGUGUCAGAGCGAGCUGCCGGGCUCCAGGCUCAGGUACCGCGGGCCGCUCCACUGUCUGCUGAGCAUCGCUCGGGACGAGGGUCUGCUGGGGCUCUACAAGGGCUCUGCUGCUUUAGCGCUGCGUGACGGACCCUCCUUCGCCACUUACUUCCUCACGUACAACAUGAUCUGUGAUGCCCUGCGCUCCACAGACAGCAGCCGGCCAGGCUGGACGGUGGUUCUUCUGGCCGGCGGUGUGUCGGGGAUGUGUGGCUGGGCCGUGGGGACGCCGAUGGAUGUGAUCAAGGCCCGUCUGCAGGUGUCCGGCGUGAGCGGCCGCUUCUACAGAGGCUUCUUCCACUGUCUCUCACACAGCGUGAGGAGCGAAGGCAUCGCGGUUCUCUUCAGAGGUCUGACGGUCAACUGCAUCCGGGCCUUUCCGGUCAACAUGUCCGUCUUCGCCGUGUAUGAACUGGUUGUUCGUUUUCUGCGCUCGCCGUCAUAGAUCUUCUCUGCACAUGAGGACGCUUUGCUUCAGUGUUUGCUGGACGUUUGUGAGCGGAAGCGUUUCUGUGAUUUUAUUAGGAGCUGCACAAGCUCAGAGUGAAUAUUUCUCCUCUCUAUUAAUAUAUAUCUGAGUGUGUUUCGAAGUGUCUACCUCCAGACGUCUGUGCAUCAUGAAUGUUGAAAUCAAUAGUUCAGCCGAAAAUGAACAUCAUCCUAGAUGUAGAUGAGUGUGUUUGGAGAAAUGUAGCAUUGCAUCAGUGACUC